CUAGAAUCUAAUAAUGGUGAUGAACUAAUAUAUGCCUGUACGCACUAUUUUAGUUUUAAACCAGAGGUAUUGCCAAGUCGAGUUAUUUGAUCAUCACAAGAAAAAACACAUAUCAGUACUAAAGUAUGAAAACAGCAGAACAAUCAGACGAGAGAAUAUACGGAAGGAACAAUUCCGAGAGUGGAAAAUCUAUACAUCGGCCGAUGUAAGAGAAAGCUAAUCAGAGCUUCUUCGCGUGCUUAUUCCAACAAACGUGACGAUCACGACUAUGAUGUUUGCACUCAGGUGUCGAUGAAAUUUGAUUCUAACAUGUUGAAUUUUGACACGUUGAAAGCUUAAUAGUAAGUUUCAAGACGCCCUGCCCUGAUUUCACGGUUUACCUAUUUUUUGUUCGAGAUAGAUUAAUAGCUAGCCAGAUGCAUAUAGCAACAAAAGCAGAUCUAGUUACAUCAAAUUGCAACCAAGAAAUAUGUAUGACACAUUUUGUAGUUAAUAUUGAGGAAUGUAUUGCAUGAGGAAACAUCAAUAAAUAAUAAAACUAUUCCACCUACAUUUACCCGAUUGAUUAAAUAUUUCCUUCAAAAUAAUACAAGUUUAAAAAUUGAAAAAGUAGAAUAUAUCAAAUGAUUAGGAAUUUUUUUAGACCAAAAUGUGAAGUGGGACACCCAUCCAGUCUACAUUUUGAAGAAAAUAAGAUUUGUUACAUACAAAAAUAAAUUCCUC